AGAGAGAGAGAGAAUGGGAGAGGGAGGGAGCGAUGUGGAGAGAGAUGGAGCGGUUGGAGGGGGCGUACAAUCUCCUUACUAGCUCAUGGCGAGAGAGCUGGCAGCGGUACAAGCUCUGCUGAACGCAACCUCUCCGUACUGUUGUGUGUGUGUGUGUAUGUGUGUCGAUAGAGGGACGUUUCCACCUCCACCCGCGGGGCCGUAUAACACCCAGAGGCUAACAACGCGCCGGACUCCACCGGACUACACUCCUCCUUUGGCUAACUCUGUAAUAUGUGAUAGUCCUCAUAUCCUGCCGCAGAGGACGCCAUCGGAGAGGAGCUGCACAGACCCUGCAGAAGCACAGUGGAAGGAUGGUGUGACGCACAGGCAGAGGGACCAGUCACUGCUCACCACUCAAAGGCAGAUCAUGGCUCCCAUGUCUCUCCUUUUCCUGGGCUUCCUUCUCACCCUCCUUCAUCCUUCAGCUGCCCAGACCAUCAUUGGCUCGUCAUCCCCCCUCCCUCGUCUGGACCUGCCUAUUAAUUCUUCACCUCAACCAACCAAGCAGACUGCUAGAUUUUGGCCUUCUUUGCCUCCCAGAGGGCGUAGUGAUGUGCCUAUCAGAGCUACAGUGCGGGAUAGACUGACAACUACAAAUGCAGUGCAACAGAGAAUAUCCCAUCCUACUGCACAGUCCACUCCUUCUUUUAUACCUGGCCUUUCUACGCAGAACCUCAGCAGCGGGCCAGUUUUAACACAACCUACUGCCACCAGGCCCAGGACUGAUACAGCUAGUUUAGCAAUCCUCAGGGCUUUAGCAAAGGGAGAUGCUACUACAAAAGGCUCAACUCCACCACUGCCCACUUUGCCCUCCUCUGCUGUCGCUGAGUCUGCAGUUGAUAAGCCAGUGAUAGCAGGGAAUCCAGAGGAGGGAUCAGUGAAAGAGACAGAGGAUGAUGAUUUGCAGGGGUUGGGAUCAGGCAGUAUCUCAACAGUGAUGGUUGUGACGGAGGAAUCACCUAUUGGUCUGCCAACGGUUGGUGAUGAAAUGGCUCAGUAUCGGCCACAGGCACAGACCGCGAUAUCUAAAGUUUCUGAUGUAGAAACGCCACUGCCAGACAGUCAGACGCUGGAGCCUCAACUGUUUGUCCUUACAACAGCCAGUAAAAUCUCUACGACGCCACAGACUGAGACAAGAGCCACCCUGUCCCCUGUGGGAACACAGGCGACACCUCGGACUGUAAUGUUAACAGGUGAACUGACGGCAAACACUCCUUCCACCAAAAAAGUUACUCCAAAGCAGGACUCUGCUGCAGUGACAUUACCCCAACUCACAACUACCACCACCGACUCUGUUGAUAAACAGUCAGAGACUGUCGGACAGCCAGUUUCUGCCCAAAACAGUUCGCAUUCAAACACCUCAACACAGCAAGUGGCAACCAAAGCGACAACUAGUUCGCUUACUACACAGGAAGCUGUGAGAACAUCCUCCAAAACAACAAAUCAACCCAACAAAACAACGCAAAUGGGAAGAAAUACAGCCAGCACAACUGUACAGUCAUCAAGGACAGGGACCGCUUCCUUCCUUGCCACAGGGGUCACCCGAAUAAGGUUGAGCCCCACAUAUCAGACUGGCAUUGGUCAAAGGAACCGCUCCAUUCUCCUAGGACAUCCUCACCAAGCUCCCUUCUCUACUUCUAAUGCAGCCCCCUCUCCCAGCACCAGUCCUUCCCCUAAUGCCACACUUCUCUACUGGGGGGACCUGAGCCAGACGCUGGCUUUUGCCUGGGAGCUUCAUGUCUACGGCUCAGCAAGCCUCUUCCUCCUCCUGUUUGCUGGUGCUGCUCUUGGUCUCACUCUGUCCCCUGGCACAAACUGUCCUCACCGAGGGGCUCUUGCACUUGCCAAUGCUCUGUUGUUUCUGGCCGGGGGACUUAGAGCGGUUCUUUUUCUAAUUGACCCCUAUGGCACGCGGAAAUUCCUCCCUCGCCCCGCAGUUACUGCGCUCUACAACUUGCCUCUACACCUGCUGGUGUGGACACAGGCCGCCCUGGCACUGCUGGCAUUGAGGGUGGCAGGAGUAAGUGUGUUACCUCCAACUUUGGAACGUCCUCCUCUGGUGGCUGUGCUGGCUGUGUUGCAGUGUACCCUGCUGCUGGCGGCUGAUCUGCUUUCACCAGCACUGUCCCCUGUGGUGCCCGUCACCCUACAGGUCCUGUCCCUGUGCUGGGGUCUUGCUCUGUGUCUGGGCUUCCUCUGCUAUGUCUUUCCACGUAUACGCUGCCCUGCUAUUCCUCAUGCUGGAGUCCCUGAAGAGGCCAGGAGGAAGGCUUGGACAGGGAGCAGGAGGUUAGGGGUGAUCCUGGGAAGAGUGCUGGCAGUGUGUGCAGUCCUGGGGGCACUGUGCUGUGGGCUGCAUGUUCAUGCCACCUUAUGGCUCUAUGGACUGCUAGGAAACUGGACACGCUUCAACUGGGGGUGGUGGCUGGUACACUUCUGGGCCCGGCUCCUGGAGCUGGCCUGGGGGUUCUCACUCCUGCUCCUGGCUUCCUGGGUGUUCUGGAGGCCUCAAGGUUGCAGAGGAAGGGAGGAGAGCGGGCCAGAUGGCAGAGCAGCAGGAGACCUGCCGUCCCCUGGCCAAUCUGUAGGUUCCACUCAAAGACACACCUGCUGGUCCAAGAUAGUCCAGAGCCUGAGGGGGAAGCCAUGUAAAAAGUCUGACAGUAAUGGGGUGGGAGGAGGAGGAGGACCAGGGGAGGUGCCUAACAACUGGGCUGGCCAGGAGCGCCCUGGAGCUGACAUCAGCAAGAGUUUGAUCAGGAACCAGAACCACGAGCAGGCCACUGCACAGCCACGCUGUGUCAAAGACAGCAACCGGGGACGCAACCACAGGGGCCACUCUGCAGAACGAGGCAUAUCUGAUGGCUCCACAGGCUCCCUGCUGAGACUGCAGGCGCUGGGCCGGCCUCCACAGCGCUCAGUGAGUGGCAGCCUGGAUCAGGAUAGGGACACUUCCCUGUCUCUUUAUGAGUUUGAUCUGCGGCCCCCAUCUCCCAUUGACCUGACCCGCAGCAUUGACAAGGCUCUGCACAGGGAACACCUGCUCGGUGAAGGGAGCUUGUUUUAUCCUUUGAACCAAACCUCACAGUGCCCCUCCCCGGGCUCAGGGGUCAGCCAGGGGCCGUGGCUCCGCAGGAACAGUGACCCUCAGAUGCUGUCUGAAAGCAGCGAUGCCCCAACAGAGUCUUCCAUGCCACUGGGGGGCAGCGUUCUCAGCAGUGUGCCCAGCAGGCAGGUGACUGCUCCCCCCACACCCUCCCACCAGGGUUACAGGUGGGCUGGGAACACGGCAGGAAGUGUCCCUUCAUCAGUGUCCUGCCCUGUGUCCCUUCGCCCCUCCAGAACAUCGACAGGGCAUCUGGGGGAGGAUGGGGUGGACGACACACGGCCUUUUAUCACCCCGGACUCAGAGAGGGUGCGGGGGAGGGCUGGGAGACCGGUAGGGUCACGGAGUUACCUGGAGGUGAGCAGACACGAUGACUCUGCCAGUGUCAGCAGUGAAAUUAUUGAUCUAUGAACCAAACCUUGAACAUAAGGACCAAUGGCCGCAUAUCAACUACACCACAUUUAACAUACUGUUCCUAACCAAGAGUUCAACAAAUAAAUGAUUGAAUGGCCCAAAGAUUGGCCUAAAAAUGUAAUAUUUUUAGAAGAGAAAGGGAAAGUAUUGAAAAGUGUCUCUUGGUGAUCACCGUAAAGGAUAUCAUCUAGUUGCCUUUUGCUUCGUUAAAGGGUUCAACAACUAUGUUGGUGGAACAGAUAUGGUAUACCUUUUACUCUAGGAGUAAAUCUAAGAUAAAAAUAUAAGAUACAAGAUAAGAUAUAGCACAGAUAAACAACACAACACACUAAUUUCAUCAACAUCAACUCUUUUCAUCUCUUUCUCUACCACCCAUUAUCUCCCUCUUUUUCUUGUCUUUCCUCUCGAAAACACACUCCUGCAUAACACUGGUAUAACUUCAAGUACACUGGGACCAUGAAUCCAGUUCAACAAGUCCUAAAAAUUGCUCUUUAGCAGGUCCCUGCUUUGGGUUGGUGUGAUGAUUUUUAUCUUCCCAUAACUUGAAUAAAGUUAUGAAAUGGGUUUAGAUCAUCAACUCCCUGUCUGUGAACAGCACAACUGAGAGUUUCAAUAUGUUUUUUUUUUAUUAUUAUUUUUGGGCUUUUAUUGCUUUUUAUGAUAGUGACAGCUGAAGAUGGACAGGAAAGGGGGUCAGAGAGAGGGGAUGACACGCAACAAGGGGCUGCAGGUUGGAUUCGAACCCUGGGCCGCUGCAGCAAGGACUCAGCCUUGGUGCAUGGGUCGCCAGCUCUACCCACUGAGCUAUCUGGGCACCCAGAGUUUCAGUAUGUUUGAAGGGUUAAAGACAGAUGUAGCUCUAAGGUCUUAUUUCUAUUGUUUCUGUGAAAAAUGUCUGCAUAUCAAUAAUUGUGAAUUUCAUAGCUUUCAUAGAGUUUAUUUGCUGUCUUCCAUAUUUGCUUUGUGAUGUGCCAUACAUAACCUUGGUUGGUUUUGUGCUAUUUUUAUGGAUCUAUAAACCCAUUAUUUGGGUUAACUCUCUAUAGCGUCUUACCAGUAUCAUAGUGACUCACCUACGGAUUACUUCUUCUAAGCUCUUAACAUGCUGCUGCUGUUGUUGUUGUCCAGUCUGCCUCGUAUGCUAAUGUGAAGCUGGUUACGUAAAGGCACAGGCAGUAAACAACAGCCUGAAACAUGCAGACGCAUGCAUGUGAAAGUGUUGCUGAAGCUUUUAGAUGUAGCUGAAAUUGUCAAAAUUCAAGCAUUCCCCUGUGAGUUUAAAGCAUUUUAUCUUAUUAGUUUGCUGUAGGACUUUGCUGUAGGACUCAUAAUGACAAAGCUUUUGCAAUCAGUAAUUAUGUAUGAUUGAAGCCUCUGACUGCAGUUUUACAGAAUUUGACUAAAAUAUUAUUACACAAUCAUGAUCCUAUCAGUUGCAUUGAAUCAAUUCAGAUUGUUUGAUAUGUUAACUAAUUAAAAGCUACACAGCUUUGCAGGGCUGCACCCCACAUGACUGGCUUGGCAUGAUCCUCAGAUCUCUUAUAUUAGACCUAACUCAAUAACAGAGCACUUAACUGUAAGCCUGAGCACUAGACUGAAGUAUUUUACUACUCAAGAGGAAAAUAUCUUUCAAAUAUAUGAUGUAUAAGCAACAAUGUAAAUAAUGUUAUUUUUGAUGUUCAUGAAUAAAGGUGUAUUUGAAACAUAGUUGUAGUUGUUACUGUGAAAGACAAUCUGAAGUGGUAUUGUGUCUGAGCUGUGCAGACUAUUGUGACAUCAGAUUGAGGUCUGGGUAUGACAUGCAGAGCUGUGACAGUUAAUACUUGACUACAGAGGUUAUGUGAAGGACUUUCUGGGCUGUGCUCAGGAUUGUAAUGGUUAUGCAAAAUGAAUAACUAAUGGGCAGAACGAAGGUAUUGGAAAGAAACAGAUAAAACCCUUCACAUCCAACCAUAUUUAAUCUAUUGAUGAACUUGAAUCUGUUUGGUGAUCCUGAAAAUAGCCCAGUGGUUCUCUCCUCAGUCUUACAUUUAAAAGGUUUUGUUCCAACCUGAGAUGGUAACUGAACCUCACAAAAAGAUGACUGAAAUUUAAUCUUGGAUUACUUUUGUUAAUAUUUAAUGAUACAUUUCAAGAAGUGUUUUUUUUUUCCAAAAGUGGAUAAACACUUAAUAAAUAAUAAUAAUAAAUAAAUCUUAAUUUAGGCCUCUGUUCCUAAGAGUAAAUCCAUUUUCCCGGUUACCUCAAGGUGACUUGCAGUACUUCCCAGUGAUGUGAGAUGCUUGACUUGUUUCGUAUUUACAGUACAAUGGCCUUGUGUUGUUGUCUACAUUCCAAUGAACCUGUAAGAUUUCACUGUAUCAGUUUUCACUGUUACCUCUUUUACUUCAUGACCAGGGUGGUAUCUCCAGCACCCGUAGUGUUGUCCCCUCCACAAAGCAGUACGUGCCAUAGAAAAUACAAUCAAUGUGCCCCUUCCAGUCUGUAGUUACAGUACAGGAGUACAGUGUUAGAUUGUUUUUUUUUUUAUUUUGCUCAUUGAACUUUUGUUCUUGUAUUUCUUGCUGCAUUUCAUGUCUGGAUUCAAAUAAAAAUGAGAAAAUUUGAA